UCCUAACCUCCCAACCUCCCGAAGCACCUCAAUAACACGGAGGCCAACCCAACCUCACCAACAGACGGGGAGGAGGAACCCGAGAAACCCGAGGAACCCGAGUGUAAACGGAGUCUAAACGGAGGAACUAGGAGGAACUGAUUCCACGGCAGGAACCUAAGCCAUGGUGGUGGUGGGCUAGCUAUCGAGCCAGCCAGCCAGCCAGCCAGCCAGCCUCGCUCCUUGCACGCACGCCACGCAGCCGGGCCAUACAGAGCGCGGCCACGCUCGUUCGUAGCCCAUCGCCAGCGGAUCAUGCCUCAGUCCGGGCCCAAACCCGCCAUGAAAAUUGGCAUGAACCUGGCGCAACUCAAACUGGGCGCGGCCUCCUCGUUGGUCCCGCCGCCCUCCGCCGCCUCGUCUCAAUCCGACGGAGAUGCGCCCGCAGCCGCCCCCGCCCCCGGCCCCGGCUUCGGUUCUUUCGGUGGGGCCUCGAACCCCACCCGACCCACCCACAUCAUUCGAAAUGAAUUGGAGCCCGGGCCCCUGGCGGCUGACGACACACCGACUUACACCAUGGACGCUCAAAGCCAGCGUGAUCUCAUGGCCACUAUGGGCUUCACCGGAUUUGGCGCCACCAAGAAGUCCAAGGGUGCCGCCCAGCCGGCUCAACGUUUUGACUUGGACACGCUCGUGGCGGAGGCGCGUCAGACCGCUGUAGCGCGCAAUGCGGACAAUAACGCCAAGUUGGAACGCAUGGCGGCUGAAAGUGCGGCCCAGGUCGAGGCGUCGUCCUCGGCGCAGCCACCCGCGGCCCAUGAUUCUGACUCCGACCCCGAGGUAGGUCCGGUCCCACCGUCCGUGAUCGCGACCUCUUCUGCCCAAUCCACGACCUCGAAAUCUGUCCCGCCCAUCCCUUCCAGACCCCGGUCGCCAAGUCCGUCAUCGGCCCGCUCGUCUCAGGCGGCCGACCGGGCAACGGGGCCAAGUGAUGGGGAAGAUAACGACGACGACGACGACGAAGAAGAGGAGGAGGAGGCGUCGUUAGCCAACCGCAUUCCCCAAAGCCACGAAAUCGAACUCAAACACGGCAGUAAGCCCAUUUCGGCCUUGGCCAUUGACCCAUCGGGCUCGCGAUUGAUUUCCGGUGGGUUAGACUAUGAGGUCAAAUUCUGGGAUUUCGCCGGUAUGGACGCCUCCCUGCGGAGUUUUCGCACCAUUCGUCCUUGCGAAAGUCACGUGAUCAAGCAGCUGGAAUAUUCCGCCACCGGGGACAGGAUCCUCGUAGUCGGCGGUAGUGCGCAGGCCAAGGUCUUGGAUCGCGAUGGACAUGAACUGUUUCAGUGUGUCAAAGGCGAUCCCUACGUAGUGGAUGUGCGGAGGAACAAGGGCCAUGUGGGCGGGCUCACCGCCGGCUGUUGGCACCCUAAAAUCAAGGAUGAAUUCAUCACCGCCGCCACCGAUGGCAGUCUCCGGAUUUGGCUCAUUGAGGAUAAAGGGCGGAAAUCCAAGAUGGCCAUCAAGUGCAAAUCAUCCGAGGGACUGAAGGCCAAUCCGACGUGUUGUACGGUGAGUCGCGAUGGUCUCCUCGUGGCCGCCGGAUGUCAGGACGGUUCCUUACAAAUGUGGGAUCAUCGCAAGUCCUUUGUGAAUGUGUCACUCAUGCUCCGUGAUGCCCAUCAAAAGGGCACCGACACGUCCAGCAUCGCUUGCGGCUACGACAAUCAUCAUUUCACCACGCGGGGCGGUGACGACACGCUCAAGCUGUGGGACAUUCGCAAUUUCAAAAAGGCCGUCCACGUCGCCACGGGUCUCUUCAGUAAAUUUGAGAUGACCGAAGCCUGUUUCAGCCCCGACGACCGCAUGAUCGUGACCGGUACCUCCAUGGACCGAGGGGACACGUCCGGUAAGCUAGUGUUCUUCGAAAAAGCUACUUUCAACAAGAUCUGCCAAAUGGAGGUCGGGAGCUCGCAUGUAAUCGGAGCCAAAUGGCAUCCCAAACUCAAUCAGAUGAUGGUGGGGAGUGGUGAUGGCGUGGUCAGACUCUACUAUGACCCCAUCAGAUCGGUCAACGGAGCCAAGCUCUGCGUUGUCAAAACGGCCACCAAGGCCAAAACCACGCAAUUCAUCGCAACGCAACACAUCAUCACGCCCUACUCGCUACCCAUGUUCCGGGAGGAGCGACAGCGGUCCACAAAGCGUCAAGAAGAACGAGCCCGCAAAGAUCCGGUCAAGUCUCGCCGGCCGGACUUGCCCUUGGGCAUGAAAGGAACGGGCGGGCGUGUGGCGGCCGGAGGCAGUACUUUGCAUUCGUUCAUGGCCAAGCAGAUUUCUGUCAAGAACAAAGACGAUCACAUUGAUCCUCGAGAGAGAAUCCUGCGUCACGCCAAAGAGAGUGAAGAUAAUCCCUAUUGGAUUGCACCCGCGUACCAAAAGACCCAGCCCAAGGCCAUUUUUAACACCGAGCACGAUCAGCCUCCAGAAAAGAAGACUAAAACCGAGACAUUUGGCUAGCUAUCUCUUCCACCCUAUUCAAUUUGAUAGCAUUUAUGUGGAUCACCCAAAUGUACGUGAAACAAUCGAUACAAACUAUUAGAGAACGUGUGAUUAUUCGAAUGAAGUGAACUAUCGGGUCAGUAUAGUGAGUGACAUGUCGAAUUUGAAGCACAUGCCUAUUGUGUCAAUGAUUGGUCCGUUGCCGUGUUUGGAGAUGAUUCCACAUUGUUUUUUUUCUUAUUAAACACGCGACCCCAA